UCAUGUCCCCUCCCCCCAGGCGGUCCUCGGAGUGCAGCUGGUGGUGACCCUGCUCACUGCCACCCUCAUGCACAGGCUGGCGCCGCACUGCUCCUUCGCGCGCUGGCUGCUCUGCAACGGCAGUCUGUUUCGGUACAAGCACCCGUCGGAGGAGGAGCUUCGGGCCCUGGCAGGGAAACAGAGGCCCAGAGGCAGGAAGGAGCGGUGGGUCAAUGGCCUUAGUGAUGAGAAGCCACUGUCUGUGCCCCGAGACACCCCAUUCCAGCUGGAAACCUGCCCCCUCACAACCGUGGAUGCUCUAGUCCUCCGCUUCUUCCUGGAGUACCAGUGGUUUGUGGACUUCGCCGUGUACUCGGGUGGUGUGUACCUCUUCACAGAGGCCUACUACUACGUGCUGGGCCCAGCAAAGGAGACCAACAUUGCCGUGUUCUGGUGCCUGCUUGCUGUGGCCUUCUCCAUCAAGGUGUUCCUGACUGUGACCCGACUGUACUUCAGCGCGGAGGAGGGGGGCGAGCGCUCCGUCUGCCUGACCUUCGCCUUCCUCUUCCUGCUGCUGGCCAUGCUGGUGCAGGUGGUGCGGGAGGAGACCCUUGAGCUGGGCCUCGAGCCAGGCUUGGCAAGCAUGACCCAGAACUUGGAGCCAUUUCUGAAGAAGCAGGGCUGGGACUGGGCGCUGCCUCUGGCCAAGCUGGCCAUCCGCGUGGGGCUGGCGGUGGUGGGCUCCAUGCUGGGCGCCUUCCUCACCUUCCCGGGCCUGCGGCUGGCCCAGACCCACCGCGAUGCGUUGACCAUGUCAGAGGACCGGCCCAUGCUGCAGUUCCUCCUGCACACCAGCUUCCUGUCACCCCUGUUCAUCCUGUGGCUCUGGACAAAGCCCAUUGCACGGGACUUCCUGCAACAGGCGCCCGUUGGAGGAACACCCUUCUCCCUGCUGUCAGACUCGGCCUUCGACUCGAUGCGCCUCUGGGUGCUGGUGGCCCUGUGCCUGCUGCGGCUGGCGGUGACCCGGCCCCACCUGCAGGCCUACCUGUGCCUGGCCAAGGCCCGCGUGGAGCAGCUGCGGAGGGAGGCUGGCCGCAUUGAGGCCCGCGAGAUCCAGCGGCGGGUGGUCCGGGUCUACUGUUACGUGACGGUGGUAAGCUUGCAGUACCUCACACCGCUCAUCCUCACCCUCAACUGCACACUGCUGCUCAAGACGCUGGGUGGCUACUCCUGGGGCCUGGGCCCUGCAACUCCACUGUCCCCCGGUCCGUCCUCAGCCAGCGCUGUCCCGGUCGGCCCCGGGGAGGAUGAAGCCCAGCAGACGGCGGCCCGCAUCGCUGGGGCCCUGGGCGGCUUGCUCACGCCUCUGUUCCUCCGUGGUGUCCUGGCCUACCUCGUCUGGUGGACGGCCGCCUGCCAGCUUCUCUCCAGCCUCUUCGGCCUCUACUUCCACCAGCACUUGGCGGGCUCCUAGCUGCCUGCGGACCCUCCUGGGGCCCUGAGGUCUGGUCCUGGGCCGGUGGGACACAAGCCAGCCCCUCUGUGUGUGCCUUAGUGUCCGCAGCUGCAAGAUGGGGCUGGGACUCCCCACCGUCCCCUUCACCGCAGUGCCUGAGCCGCGGCCCCACUCGGACUUUGUGCGUCCGCCUGGAAACUCUCUCCUGGGCCCGGCGGCAGGAGGGUCUGGAGCCAUUGUUGCUGAAGUGCGUGUGCUGAGUUUGAGUUGGGGGUGGGACUGCUCUUCUGAAUAAAUAAAGGAGCAGGCGGAUUUUUA